AUGGGUUCAGGUGUCUCCUCAACUUCUUCAACUUCUUUCAUCUCUUCAUCUUCAAAUCAACCAAUAUAUUUAACCCGUUCAACAAUGUUAAUAACUCACACACCAAUUCCACCAACUCAACCAACUUGUCAUAUUCGAAGACAUUCUUCAGCUAUAAAUAAUCAUGGAACUGGAACAGGCAUAAGUUCACAAUUAACAAUGCCAUUACAAUUUUAUCCAAAUAAUGUUUAUCAUACUAAUCUGAGCAAUAGUGGAAGUGGAGUUGCACCAAUUCAACCUCAACAACAGCAGUUACAAAGAGUACCAUCAGCUCCCCCAAUGCAACAAGAAACACCCCCUUCAUAUUCGUCAAUUUAUCCCAACUUAUCUUAA